AUGGCUGAUUUGAACAAAAGCACUGUUCUUGUUACAGGGGCUGGUGGCAGAACUGGACAAAUUGUUUAUAAGAAACUGAAGGAGAGGUCAGAGCAGUAUGUUGGUAGAGGAUUGGUAAGAACGCAGGAGAGCAAGGAAAAAAUUGGUGGAGCUGAUGAUCUUUACAUUGGGGAUAUAAGGACAGCAGAGAGCAUUGCUCCAGCAAUUCAAGGUAUUGAUGCUCUCAUAAUUCUCACAAGUGCGGUUCCAAAGAUGAAACCUGGGUUUGACCCAGCGAAAGGUGGCAGGCCUGAGUUCUAUUUUGAAGAUGGAGCAUACCCUGAACAGGUUGACUGGACUGGGCAAAAGAAUCAGAUAGACGCAGCUAACGCUGCUGGAGUGAAGCAAAUUGUUUUGGUUGGAUCAAUGGGAGGAACAGAUGCAAACCAUCCCCUAAAUAGAUUGGGAAAUGGAAACAUAUUGGUAUGGAAGAGAAAGGCGGAACAAUAUUUGGCUGACUCUGGAAUUCCAUACACCAUUAUUAGGGCUGGUGGUUUGCAAGAUACAGAAGGCGGUGUAAGAGAACUGCUUGUUGGAAAGGAUGACGAACUUCUUAAGACUGAAACGAGGACUAUAGCCAGAGCAGAUGUUGCUGAAGUCUGCAUUCAGGCACUAAACUUUGAGGAGGCAAAAUUUAAAGCAUUCGACCUUGCUUCAAAACCAGAGGGGACUGGCACACCGACGACGGAUUUCAAGGCUCUAUUUUCACAGAUAACUACUCGUUUUUGA